UUAAAGACUGCUUCUUUUGGUGAGUGUGUGUGAGAGUCUGUGUGAGAGUGUGUGUGUCUGUGUGGAUGCAAUGGGAUGCAGCUCAUAAUCGUGGAGCUUUUCGCUUGAGUAAUUAAAGGAGCGUGGUGAAGAGGAGGGACUGAGGAGCAAGAGACCGUCUCCCAGGCACAGAGAGAGAGAGAGAGAGAGAGAGAGCAGAUCUCUUUUUUAAAAAAAACAAUGCAAUCCAAUCGUCCCAGGAGCAUGCUGCAAAUAGUGGAAAGAAAAUAUAUAAUAUAGGAAGAAAAUUGCAUCACACAUAACCCAGCACAAACAGAGAGAGACACCGCCACACACUCUACUGGAAGCUACUUUUAAAAGAGGGAAUCUUUGGAUUCCUCAACAUUUUCCCAUUGAGUUCUGAAGUCCUCAUGAUUCUGUGGCAUUGAAAAGGAGAGACAGAGAGAACCCAGCCCGCAGGUUUCACGCAGGUUUUAAGCCAUGAUGGUGGAGUCUGCAUCAGAGGCAAUACGAAGCACUUCAGCCAAUCAGAAUGGAGUUAGUAGUUUAAGUAGCCAGUCAGAUGGUGGAGGGCGAGAAGGUAGUUCGAAUGGGGAUGCAAAUGGUGAAGUGAGUCCCGUGGACCUGUUGCAUUUGCAACAGCAGCAAGUUCAGGCCCUUCAAGCAGCGAGACAGCUUUUACUUCAUCAAGCAACAGGCCUCAACUCUCCGACUACGAAUGAGAAGCAACAGCAAACAGUCCAGGUACCCGUGUCGGUGGCCAUGAUGAAUCCACAGGUGAUCACUCCACAACAGAUGCAGCAGAUCCUGUCUCCUCCCCAGCUGCAGGCGUUACUGCAACAGCAGCAGGCAGUCAUGUUACAGCAGCUUCAGGAGUAUUACAAGAAGCAACAGGAACAAUUACACCUACAGCUGCUAACUCAACAACAGCAACAGCAGCAGCAGCAGCACCAACAGCAACAACAACAACAACAGCAACAAACUGUCAAACAGCCAAAAGAGCAGUUGGGAAACAAACAGCUUGCCUUCCAGCAGCAGAUUCUUCAAAUGCAACAGCUUCAACAGCAACAUCUUCUAAAUCUCCAACGACAGGGCCUCGUGACACUGCAGCCUGGGCAACCCACAGUACCACUACAGACCCUGGCACAAGCAAUGUGUCCGGCAGACUUUCAGCAAAUGUGGAAAGAAAUGACAAGUGUACAAAGCAUGGAGGACACCCCGAAGAGUGAAAGCCUUGACCUCUCAACCAACAGCUCCACUUCUAGCUCCUUCCUCACCCCCAAGAUCUCACCAUCAAUACCCCAUCAUUCCUUGCUGAAUGGACAAAAUUCCAUCCACACUCCAAAGAGAGAAAGUUUAUCACAUGAAGAAGCCACUGGUGUUCACCCUUUGUUUGGACAUGGAGAAUGCAAGUGGCCUGGCUGUGAAGCUCUCUGCGAUGAUAUGGGACAGUUUCUAAAGCACCUCAAUAAUGAACACGCUCUCGAUGAUCGCAGCACAGCCCAGUGUCGAGUUCAGAUGCAGGUUGUCCAACAACUUGAAAUUCAGCUGUCCAAGGAGACGGAACGUCUUCAAGCCAUGAUGGCUCACCUGCACAUGAGGCCAUCCGACCCAAAGCCUUUUGCCCAGCCUCUGAACCUGGUAUCAAAUGUCACGCUUUCCAAGAGCACAUCAGAUAUUUUCCCGGAAAGUUUACCUCACACGCCAACCUCAGCCGCCACGCCAAUCACCCCCAUAAGGCAAGGGCCCUCUGUCAUCAGCUCACCAAGUUUACACAAUAUGGGAGCCAUUAGAAGGAGGCAUUCUGAUAAGUAUUGCAUGCCGAUAUCUUCAGAGCUUGCCCAAAAUCAUGAAUUUUACAAGAAUGCUGAUGUUCGGCCUCCCUUUACGUAUGCAUCCCUCAUCAGACAGGCAAUCUUGGAAGCUCCAGACAGACAGUUAACACUCAACGAAAUUUAUAACUGGUUUACAAGAAUGUUUGCGUACUUCCGGAGAAACACAGCCACAUGGAAGAAUGCUGUGCGUCACAACCUCAGUCUUCACAAGUGUUUUGUACGAGUGGAGAAUGUAAAAGGGGCGGUCUGGACAGUUGAUGAACUAGAGUAUCAAAAGAGAAGGCCACCAAAGAUGACGGGAAGUCCAACUUUAGUGAAAAAUGUGAUUACAGGACUUGGAUAUGGAGGAGCACUUAACUCAAGCUAUCAGGCAGCUUUAGCUGAAAGCAACAUGCAGCUGCUCAACAGCCCAACCUUAAUGAACACAUCAGCCAGCGGCCUGAUGCACGUGGGUCACGAUGAUGUCAGCAGCACAGUGGAGCAAGUGAACAGCAACGGGAGCAGCAGUCCAGGGCUCUCCCCUCAACAACACGGACACCAAGUGCACAUCAAGGAAGAACCUGCAGAGCUGGAGGAGGACGACCCACCCGUCUCUCUCAUCGCAGCAGCCAAUGUGAAUUCGGAAAUGCAGGAAGCUAGAGAGAUGGAGGAGGAGCUAACAGCAGAGGAAUUGGAAUAGAAUGGAACUCGAGCACUUCAAGUUAUUAAAAAAAAAGAUAAAAACAAAACAGGGUCAGACCUCUUACCUGCACAUCCACCCGAACAGCAACUCCUGGUCCUGACUCAUCUAGACUGAGUGAUGAAGCCAAGGAGCAAGCUCCUCAAUGCCAACAGAUACUCGAAGACUCCAACAGCAAUUUUGAUUGUCCACUAACAAUGGAGCUAUGGAACACAAACCAAUUUGUUGGGUGUAGAUUGAACGGCUCCAAAUUUUUGAAGUGAAGCUGGUGACUAUUAUUUUCUUCCUUUUCUUCCCAAAUGUUUUGCCGCUAACACAGAGAUGGCUACUAGUCUUCUGAACUGGCAGGUAGUCACCACUGGCCUGUGAUGUGAAUAAUGUUGCUUAUUCACCAUUAGGGCCAAAAAAAAACAGACAUUUUCAACCUGCUUUAAAGGUACCUCAAUUUGAAUAUUUUCUAUUCAAUGCUGUAGAUAGCUCAACAGGCACAUUGUAUUUAAGCAGAGGGUAACUGCGGAACUGUUUGUGGGAUAUCUGAACCCACUCACUUGUGUUGACAUUUGAGGAGAUCCAAAUGAAUGAUCUAUCCAGGACAGCAUUAAUGUCUUUAAACUUCCACUGCUAUUUUAGCUUUUGUGUUUAUAUCGGGUCAGGGUAAUGGGGUGGGGUGGGGAGGGUGGUGAAGAACAAUGGGUAUUGGAAGGGGAGGGCAGAGGAAAAGAUGAACCCUUUAAAACUUUCUUACUUAAACAUUAUGUUGUAAAUGAUUGAAGAUCAGAUACUGUUGACGGAGACCUAAUCAAAGGUACAACUGCAGAGAAAGUGUUUAGAGAACCAAGUGGGCAAGCAGUGACUUCAUUUUUGCAGGCACAAGGUUCUAAAGCUGAACAUUUUUUUCUAUUAAUCAACCCCAUGAAGGGUUUAAGGGCAGUAUAUAAAUACACUUAAGAAAUUCAAAGCUUUGAAUGGAAGGGCAAAUAUGUCUUCUGUUGAUUCUGUCUGGGCUUUAUUGUUAUUCCUUCCACCCGUACUGACUGAGACUCUUCUUUGUACCAGGAUAUCCAGGAUUCCUAUUCCUGAUACUUUUCAGUACCUCCUGGAAUUGACACCCAUUGUAUAAACUCAUACAGGGCAAAUGGACAAUUGAAUUAAUACCAAGACAGACUGGACAUGUGGACUUCCAAAAAGUGAUGGAAGAGGGCAGAAUAGAAGAAUGUUAGAAGGACUCAGGAAGGGAAGGGAUGGGAGGGGAGAGGAAGAAUGGGCAGGAGAAGAUAGAGUUGGAGGUGGGGGCUGAUGGAACAUAGCUGGAGAGACAGAUUGGGAGGGCAGGAGGGAAAAAGUUGUUUAUUGAUUGCUUUUCAAGCAACCUCAACAAAUCCACAAACAGACAAUGCUAUUUUGAAAGGAUCUUAACAAUACCAAAUUUCCCAAAGAAUCAUUGUAAUAUCAACCAGCUAUAGCUUUUCGCUCAUUCAUUUCCUUGCUUUGAUAUUAGCAUUUAUUAUUUAGUUAAUGCAAAUGCGCAGUGCAAUUUCAGUCACCAAAAAAGAAAUAUGACAUAUUUACAGUAUUUCUCUGUGGUGUGACGCAGACUGAGCAAUAUAUGAGUUAUGUUUUCCAUAAGGACCAGGUCACAAGUGAGAACAGAUGAAUCAACAAGAAAAAUAAAACUCUUCCCAUUGUCAUAAUCAACAUAGAUUUUGGAGGUUGUUACUUUUUCUCAGCCUGUAAUAUGCUGAGGCAAGAAAGAAGACGGGGCAAGGAGGUAAGGGUGGUGAGAUGGGGAGAGGUAUGUGUUGGUAGUUUGUGACUGGAACAGGGUGAUAGAUAAUGGGGCGUAAGGACUAUAAACAGGAUGGAACAUUAUUACCUAGUUUCCUCCAGUAGAACGAAACAAAAGUAGUUGCAUAGUACUAGGCCAUUUUAUAGAACAAUGUCAUGAAUUCAUUCACUUGUUCAAAAUACAGCACCUUUGUGUGAGGUCAGAAACUGGACACUUGCAUUCUUGUUUCUGGUUUUUGGAAUGAUUGUGUAACUUAUCCCUAGAAUGGAAUGUUAGGUUAAAGCUGGACGGGCCCAUAAUCCAGACCAAGCAGAACUUGAUUCCUCAUUUAGAUGAGUGUGACUGAAUAUCCUAGCUGUGAACUUAAUGACCUCCGAGAUAUGUCCGAACCAGUGUAAUCUAGAUCAGACAGAAUGUAAUUCAUGUCUAAUUCCUGGGUUUGACCACAAAUUAAGAAUGAUUAAGAUCAGGCACACUGUGGACUAUAAAUCACAUCCAAUGGGCUCUUAGCUUCCACCAUGUGGGUGGUGCUUAUAAUGGAAGUCAUAUCAUUCUCAUCCAACUGUCUCAAUUUCUAGUAUUUGUUUCAUCCCACCAUGGGAUUCUGCCAGAAAUGGUGCUGAGCAGUGUUUUCUCUCUAGCUGAAGUGGAAGAAAGCAGUAGAAGUAUUUUGGUAAGCAGAAUUAUCCAUAAGAAAAUGAAAAGAGCCAAAUGCGACUAGAAGCCUGGACUUUUAUUGAUUUGUUUCUCUGACCUAGCAGUAUGUUUGAAAGCAGAAUUGCUGCACUUGGGGUGGGGGGGGUGUGGAGAGAAAAGUAUGAUUCAAUAGGGUGAUUUUGCAGCAUUCCUGGGAAGGGUUUGUGAGCAUGAAGUAGGUCGAGAUUCUAGCACUUAGUGAAAAGUUACUGUAUAGCAGCUGUGAUUUGCUGAAUAUUCACAAAUAGAAAAUUCAGCAUAUCACUCUUAUCUCAUGCAAAGAAGAAACUAAAAGGAUGGGAGGGAGAAAAUAUUGGUAGAAGGUGAGGCAGGAAUAAAGACUGCAUUUAAAUAGCACCUUUGCAACCUCAGGACAUCCCAAAGUGAUUUACAGCUAAUGAAGUACUUUUUGAAUUUUAGUCACUAUCGUGAUGCAAGAAACAUAGCAUUAAUUUUAAUGCACCAAGCUGAAAAUCAAGAAUCUGUUGGUGAGCAUGUGAUCUGUUUCAGUGAUGUUAGUUGAGGGGUAAAUAUAGGCAGGGGAGUCACUGGCUAUCAGUAGACUGAUUUACAUGAGAAAUGAUUUUGUCAAUUUCUCACUUAGUUGGGUGACUGACUGGAGUCCUGGUCACUGUACAGAGUGAGAUCCUAAAUAUCUUUAUUUUCAAUAUGGUUGCAAUGUUGUUACACUUGUGUAUCAGAAGAACCUUUGUUACCCUAUCUCCAGAUAUUUGUAUUGAUUACUGACUCAAUCCUCUGAUCAGCCAGUACUAUGUAAACAGGAAGUUGCCUCGGCUUUAUUUUGUUCAGCUGGUUCUGCCAAUACAAACAUUAAGAUCCUGGUGUCACACUCUCGUAUCACUCAAACAUGGUCUAUGAAUGCAGUGAGGAAGAAGUUUGUUGACUGUAUGGCACUGAUUACUGUUUUGCAUGUGAGUUGACAGCACAGCCUUCUUUGAAUCAUCAACUGCCCUCCUGAAAUAUCAAAGUUUCACAUGAAACUGUUGAAAAGGAGCUUUGGAAUAGGUCUUGCUUACUUAUGUGAGGUGUUGCUCCAGGUCCCAUGUUGAAAGGAUGGAAUGAGACAGAAUGGAACAGGGACUACAAUACAUUUAGCGAUCUUGUAUGCCCAGCAAACAGCAACCUGUUUGUCUUUGGUAAUGCAGGUACACAGAGGUGGAUGUUUUCCUAGACUUGAAUUUCUUCUUCCUCCUAUUAAUUCCCAGAUGUUUUGCAUUGCUGACAAUAACUGAUCCUGGUAUUCUGAUUUAUCUCGCAGUAGAGCUAAGAACAGCCUUUUUCCAAAUCUACAGGCCCCACAAGACCCAAAGGGAAUGGGGGAAAUGAACAUAAGCGGAAUUGAGUUAUGAGGAAUUGAGGGCCAGACUGUAAGGACUCAAAACUAUAUGUGACCCAUAGGUGAACAAUUGGAGAUUCCCCAGUUGUAUGGGAUCCAAUAAAACUCUGGAUAUACAAGCUAUAAAUCUUGGGCUUUCUUUUCCUUCAGAUGGAGGCAGUUAAAGAUUAAUUGUUUCCAUGACAUUUUGAAACAAGGAGGGAAAAAUUGAAAUAUUAUGAGGCAUUAGAGUUUCCACGACAACACCAUUAGCAUUGCUGAGUAAAAAAGGUCAUUUAUAUCAUAGAAAGUGGAAUCAUGAAUAAUGUAAUGACCACUAAUUAAUUAUCAAUCCUGAUAUAUUGCACAUCACAAGCUGUCAUAAUCCUGGAACCCAUAAAAGAUUAUAACCACUGUGGCACACAUGUCAAAAUAUCUUCAUUUCUUUGUGUGUUAUAAUUAACUUUAUUUAAAACAGUAUAUCAAUUUCAGAAAUCCUGUAUGUUUGCAGAAAUUGUAUGCCUAUUUCAUGAUCUCUUGUUUGGUGUUGACUUUUUGGGAUGCCCUGGACACUCUGCUUUUCUUUUCUCCAAAUAUCCAGAGGAUUUAGGAGUAAUUUAAAUCUAAUUGGCAGAAAGGAAACCCACCAGCUCAAAAGGAGCAACAGCUUACAGCCCAUCUAUUGUUACUGUCCAAGGUGGACUUGACUGAUGACAUCUAUUUUGUGGCUGGAGUGGAUUGACAGUGACCAAGAGAAAAGUGGAGAACGGUUGGGAGUCAGAAUCAUUUUGGAUCAAUGAUCUCAUUACUGAUUUUUGGAUCUUAUACCUAUCACGAGCACAGCUAUAGUAAUGGGAAUCAACCAAAUCUUCACAGGAUGAAAGAGUAAAUUCAACAGAUCUCACAUUGAGCAGAAGAUGGAAACCGGCUUUGUUUCCAGUAGUAGGAGAAUCUUAAAUGAGGGGGUUAGAGUUACGAAAUAAGAAAGCAGUCAUUCCUUCUCACAGCGGGUGGUAAAUCUGUGGAAUUGUCUGGCCUGGAAGUUUGUGGACACUAAAUUACUGGAGGUAUUUAAAGAGAAGGCAGGUAAAUUUUUAAACGAUCAGAAAAUGUGGGACUGUGGGGAUCUGGCACAGAUGAAGAGUUGAGGCCUGGGGCAGAUCAACUGUGAUCAUGUUGAAUGGCAGGGCAGGUCUGAGGGUCCAGGUGGCCUGCUCUUGCUCCUAUUUUCUUAUGUUUUUGUGUAGUGUUUGACCUUCUAGUUCUCACUGGGAUUGCAGAAUGUUCCCUAAUGUUGGAACAUAGAAACAGGAGUAAUCCACUCAGUCUCUUGGCCUUCUUUAGCCUCUAUAGAUAUUGUUGUCCUUAAAGAUGUCAUUCCAUAGGUUGGAAGUGAGAUCAUAUCAAGACGUACAGCAUGCAUGAGGACUAAUUUUAGUUUAAAAUGCACAGCCAUCCAAAGCAAUCAUAUCUUGUAGAAAGGCUUGGGUUAAACUCGUACCUGGAUUCUCAUCAAUAAUUGGGGCUCCAAGUUAAUUCCUAGCCAGUGGCACAAAAAGGAUCAUCAUCCUUCUGGUGCCUGAUAUUAAAUUACAAUGCACUUGUGGUAUAGAAAUGGGGCAUUCAGCCCAACAGGUCCAUGCCAGUUUUUACAGAAUUCCAUCUAAUGAAUUAAAUCUAAGAUGGUGUGUACAACAAGCAUCUGAAUCAAUACCACAUGUUUUGUACCACCAGCAAAAACAAAUUUCUUCCCCAUGGAAUUUCCCUCUUUCCCCAUCUGGCAUGCAGGUGAUGGGAUCAGGCUGGCAUUCCCUAUUAUACCUGCCUGAUCUUGCGUUUGAUUGAAAUUUGUGUUAUGUAAAAUCAGUGGGGAGUAAGCAUGCAGUUGAUUCAAAUUCAUCAGUUUAGGGCUAUAAAGGGUGGAUUAAACUUACCCCAGACUAGCGUCUGGACUCCAACUCCCAUUCAAAGUUAACAAAGUUUAAAAUAGUAAUUUCCUAAUUUUGUAUUUUUAUUUUCUAAUUCACCAAAGAUAACAAUUUUAAAAUUUAAAAGGUCCUCUGGUGAAUAUGGUGUAGGGACUUAUCACCAGAUACAUGCCUCAGGAAAACCAAAGUCUUUGUUCAGCUUGUGACGGCAUAGUUUAAGUGAAUGGAAUUUUCUCAAACUCUGGUUAAUGUCGCAUCUCCAUUUAAAGUGUGCACCCUCAAAAAUAUAAAAAUGGUGGUAAGACAGGGGGAAUAUAAACCCUAAUGGUAACAGCAUGAGCUAGAAACCUCCACAUUGGAGCCUAUAACAUAAUGCUGAUCUGUGAUUAAAAACACUAACUUUGACUGAAAUAAAAAAUUAACUUUUUUCUUCAUCUUGUUUCAAAACUAAUGAUGUUUUGAAACUUGGUCCAAUCCCAAUGUAAUCUCUAAAUUAGAAUCAUUUAUAAUUUAUUAGAAAAUUGAACUUCAGUUUCUGUUCUUGAUUGAGCCUCAGUUCAAAUAUUUCUUUUUUUUACCUUUUCCUCUGAUUUGUUUGCAUUUUAUUUCAAAUUGUUUUUUUUUGAAGGAAAUUUGAACCUUAAAAUGUAUUGAUAUUGGGGGAGGAUGUGUGAGGGAAGAUAAUAGUCUCAGCGAACACGAAUUCCCAAAUAUGGGAAUAUCAUGUGAAUGGAAAGAAGGAAAAGGAUCAUUUUCCCCACGUAUUUCAAAACUUAGCAGGAUUAGUGGCCAAUACAACAAACCCCCCGUCUGUGAAGCACUUGGUUACUUCCAAGAUAAUUAUUCACUAAGUAUACAACAGGAGAACUUGUCUCGAAGUAUAUAAUACUCAGUAAGAUAUGUCUAUCUGUACAGCAAUUGGUUGGCCACCAAAUAUUUGCUCUGAUUUAUUCUAAUUGUUUAUUGUUAGAUGGAUGCAAGGCUAUCAAGGGUGAGGAUAGAGUUUGCUUUUGAUGAAAAUGCAAAUCAGUCAUAGUGAAUCUGCAGUUAAUUUUAUUCCACAGUUUAUUCUCUGCUAUCAACUUCAAUAGACAUUGUAUACACGAAGCUGCCAAUUUAUUUAUGCCUACUUAAUUUUGCCAAAGGCAAUUUCAUCCCUGUUUCCACUUUUAAAAAAACUUAGCCACUUUCAAGAUCAUCAAUCACUAAAUAUUUGACAGAAGAACUUGGGUCUGAGGCUACUGGAGGAAGAUCUAAUAAGAUGUUUUAAAAUACUUCCCAAUAACCUCAGCCACAGCCCUAUCUUUUUAACUAUUGGAAACAAAGUUCACCACAGAGCUGUGAUCUGUAUCAGGACAGAAUGUCUUGCUGGUCUGUCAAGGUAUUUUGAUAACUAGAUACCAACAAGAUUCAUUAGAAAUGAAUGUGUUGUACCAAAGCAAUAAUGGCACAAGUUUCCACAGGAAGAACCACUUUACCUAGUCUUUAUCCUCCCAAAUGUUGUGCUUCUUUCAGUACAUUCCAACCUUGUACUCUUAAUUUUUUUUAUUUAUCUGUGUACAGAUAUCAAGGCCACAGGGACUGUUAAAUAUAGACUGAAGAGUGGCAAUGUUUUUGGUACUCCAAUUACAUUAUUUUUCAUUGUAAUUUUUGAGGCUUCCAUGUCCUUGGGGGACAAAAGUCUCCUGUUUAACUCUUGAAACUAUUGGUCUGCUUAUCUUUUUAAACAUUGCCAGACUGAAAAAGUGGAGACAUCAGUCCACAAGUAGGCAAUUGAUGAUUUCAAUAAUUGAUCAAAAGUAGUUUCAUUAACAUUGAAUGACCAAAUCACAAACUGAAUAACUUCUAUAUGAAAUUAUUUUUCCAAGUUGCCCCCAGUCACCUGGGAUUGAGAAUGACUGACUUCCCUUCUGGUUUUGUGCGUUGUGAUAUGACUGAGACCAACCUGUAGACUCUUCCGCAGGUGGGCCAGGAGAUGGUCAAAGGUGUAGAUGAGUGGGUAGAUUAUGAGGUGGGUGCCAUCACUCAUACAAUUGACUUUGCCAAUCUGUUGCUCACUGCCUAGUUUGCAUUUCAAUCCUUUAACAACCAGCCUAUUUGUAAAGCAAACUGACAGGUAAAAAAUCUAUUGCAUUCAAUCCUCAUUGGGUUUGGUACUUUGUUUUGGUCAUUCUAAUGUCAUGGAAACCAACUAAGUGUAUAUCCCUAGAAGGUAGUAGGCCUUUUGGUUACCAUAUUCAUGCUAACUCCUCAAAUGGAGCUGCUUACCUGAAUUCCAUUUCUUUGUUCAUACCUGCUUCUGUUUCUAACCUUUCUCCUUUUUUAAAUACUUCUCCUUUAAAUGUUUCAGUGUCUGCAUCAAUAGCCCUUUGUUGUGAAUCACUCCCUGUUCUUGGCACAUUCUUUCUGUUUAAAAACAAUAUUUCUUUGCUUCUCCCUUGACUAGUCCAAUCACUGCACUGAUUCAGCAACCGUUAUGUUCUCUCCCAAAACCUUAAAAUUUUGAUCAGACCCCCACCAUUACCUUCUCAGUUCUCUAUUCAUGAUGAUUUUUAUCAUCAGACCAGCCCAAAACAAGAAUGCAGUUUAACCCCAUCCAGACUACCUUGCCUAUUCUUUGAAAGAAACACUGCAAAACUGUAUAACUACUACCUCCUUGCAAUCUGUGGCUAGAAAUCAGGACAUCCACUUUGGCUGCAGUUAGAAAUAAGAUUUAAUAUGAAAAAUCUUUUUUAAUUAUUUGUUCAAAUAGUAACCUGGAUCUCACAAAUACUUAUGACAUAUGACCAAAAAUCCAAAGAACAAACAGAGUUUAUUAAGAAGCAAACGAAUGUUUUGAAAGCACCAAAUACAAGGAAUCCUCAAGGAUCAGGAACUCUCUGCAGCAUCUUGAUGCUCCAUGUGUUACUAAAGAUUUUUUUGAUCUUAAGUGGUCAAGAAUGUUAGCUUUAACAUGUGAAUUUCCAAAAAAAAGAGUGAAAGUAGAAUGGUUUGGCACAGGGUUUUAUUUAACUGAGGCUCAGGAUGUCUUCACCAGUCUCGCACUGUUAAGUGAACUCAUGGGUUUCUGAAAUCCUACUGCUACCCAUUCCAUCACCUUGUAUUAUCUUAGUUCAUUUUGGAAUGAUUAGCCUGCCUCUUUCCUAUUUCUAAUAUUCCUCUUGGGAUCCAUGAGGAAUAUUGAAAUGAACUAAUUGUUAGAUACUGCUUUGAAUUGAUAUAGCAGCAAUGUUUGACUUUGGGUGUGGAUGAAGAGAUGAGGUGAGAUCGCAGGGUGAUUGUUUUUAUGGGAAGGGAUUAACAACCAGUAAAUCGAAGUAAUUAAGGAACAGACCUGCCCUGUUGUGUAAAUAUGUGAGCCCAAAUCAGGAGCCGGUUCAGUGUUUUUUUAAGAGAAACCUUUCUGUCAGGACCAUUGGACCUCCCAUAGACUUCAGCACACAGGAACUGCAUCUGAUGCAGUGAUGUCCCACUUCUUGCUCCCACAUUUAUAAUAAUAGUAUGUCCCUUGACAUGGAUAAUAGACCAAAAGGUCUAUUGUAUAACUCCUAACGUGUACCUCAGCAAAUUAAAAUCCUUUUUGAUAGUAAGAGUUUUACUAAAGGGCAGGAUGCACUUGCUGAUAUUAGUUCUACCAAUGUAGCUUGGGCGGGGGGGUGGCGGGGAAGGGGAAAGUUGUUCACUUUGUGUUAAGUGUUUCUGUUUAUACUCUGUACUUAUUUAAAUUAAUUUUGACUUCCUACAGUAGUAGGACUCGUGAUACUUGUUCCUUUGGAGUUUACAAGCAGAAUCCAUGCAAGUUGAAGGUGUGAGUUUAAUGGCAUUCAAUUCACACAAAAUUGUUUAAGCAGCAAACCAGCUCUUGGCUGGAAGUGCUUCUGAACUGAAAAGAGAACCUUACUCACUGCAGGAUUUGGCUUGAUUAUUCCAACAGUUUCUCUUAUCUCUUUCCUUUAACUUCAAGCAUUUAUUAAUGUGGGCCCAAUGCUAUCACAUAACAUUCUGCCAGGGUUGGGAAAAACAAGUUGCACAAUGCAUCGAAAUUAGCACUAAAUCAGGAACCUCAAACAGAUCCCGAAAGAAGUUCUUGUGGGAAAUUGUAUCAGUUCAUUGGCGAGGCUUUGUUCUGAAGGAGUUAGCUGUACUCUGUAUCUACCUGUGCUCUGUGCACCCUGGGAUUGUAUAAUGAUACAUUGCAGUAGGAGACUUGCACUGUGUCUGACCUGUGCUAUACCUAUUCUAGGAGUGUUUCAUGGGACAGCACAGUAAUAGAUUAACAUUGCACUGUAGAAAUGUAUGAAGAUACAAUGUUGUGGGAGGUCUACACAGUAUCUAACCCAAGUUACAUCUACCCUAGGAAUGUUUGAUGGGACACUGUAGGGGGAUAUCUAUUCUGUAUGUAACACUGCACUCUGUCUAAUUCUAGAACUUCAUUAUUUCAUAUUUUCACUCAUUCAAAACUGUAAUCUGUAUUUUUUAAUAAUCUUUUGCCACAAAGUUUGGCAACUCCAAAAAGAGAUGACAGACAAAACUCUCAGCCAUUCCCGCCACUCCUGUUGCUUGAAAGGUGGAGGUGAGAGCAGUGGGAGCAGUUGUGGAAUCAAGCACCUCUAUUUGAUGAAGAUGUCUUAUCUGACAGCACAGUGAAUAGGCAAGUAUUAACACACUGCAAGCCACAGGCUCUGUCCCAUCCAGCACCCCCAGCACACUCCUCUGCCAGAUGUUCAAGCAGAAUGAAAGCUUUGUUUUCUCUGGGAAUGGCAAAUCCCCAGAACUAA